AUCGGAGCAACGAUUCUGAGGAAGAGGCUCGUGACUAAGGUUGAGAGUACAAAGUAUAAUAAUAAGUCAAUCAUCUUUUAUUAGAACAAUAAGGUACAUGAGAAAGGGGUUAGCUAUAUCUCGAUUAUGUGCUUGUUAUCAGAACAAUAGAAAUGAUCCAGCUUUUGGGGUCCUUCUGAGAUAUGGAAAACAGCAAAGAACGAUCGGAUUAUUACUGGUGUUCCUCUCACUGCAGAGACUACGGAGGGAGUCGUAC